AUGAAAGUGCAAAGGUUUUCGCCAGGCAUUUACCACCGCCGUCGAGCAUUCCAAAUGCAGAAACCCUCCAUUAGCGAGGCGGGGAGCAAACGCGCCACUCGGUUGGCUGGCCUUGCAGAGUUAAUUAAAGUAGUGAUUUCGACUGGGGAAUAA